UGUAAUCGGUGUAAUUCGGACUGAUUCGGUAUGAUUCGGACUUAUAUCGUACUGAACCGAUAACAAUACCGUAUUAUCGAUCUGAAAGGAUUACUCGUCCGGCUUGUCCUUUCUUCAUCACGAUCGUCGGCGUUCACGUUACGCUGCUCCAGAUUUCAUGCAGAAUACUACGUACAGUACCUGUCAUUCCCGUUCGGCCCCUCAACAAAGUAAUAUCUUACGUCGCACAAAACGAGAACAUUUCAGAAAACGAACGAGCGAUAACGGCCGACCCGAUAUGGCUUGUGAGGCCUGCAAUGCAAAGUUCAACUUGUUCAAGAGAAAAAAACAAUGUGUAGACUGCCUAAGGUAUUUCUGUUCUGAAUGUGUAAUCAAACGGUACGACAAAAUAUUCACCUGUGAUAGCUGUGGUCUGUUAUCCAUGAGGCCACUCAUCAAAAAUCAAAUCAGACAGAUACGUUCCAGAGACUUGCGCCAUUAUCUUAUGGCAAAAAAAGUUUCUGUCAAGGGAUGUGUCGAAAAAGAAGACUUGGUGCAUUUACUAAUGCUUUUUGCUAAUGGAACUGACUCUAGCUUGACUUUUGACAAUUCAAACGCCAGGACACAAAAUGCUGCUCAAGAAUCUCAUUCUAGAGUUGAUCCUGAUUUAAACAGAAUGGAAAAUAUGCCAAAUGUUAGUACUGCAAAUAAUGAACCUAGCGCGAACGUAGCCGACGUGCAAGCAUCAUCAGAACCUGUAAGAAACGAGGACGUUGAAAUGGCAGAGGAAGCAAAUGAAAAUAGUCAAAAUAGUCCAGUUAUUAGUAUUCCACUUAGCAGUGAUAGCGGAUCACCUGAGGAGAGACCGACGAAAAAUAAUAUUGACCUCUUAAUAGAAGAAAUAUUUGGAAAUGACAGCAGUUCAACUGGACCAAGUACUGCACCACAGCCAGUAAUCAUCGAGCAGGAGGAAGUUCCUGAAACGUCAAAUGAGAAAAAAUCGGAUAUGGUUACAGAGAUUCCCACGUGGUCAGAUAAGGUGCAGUUAUCAGAUAUAAAGGAAGCAUCAGAACUAGAAUAUCUAAAUAUUAAACAAUUAAAAAAUUUGUUGAGUACAAAUCGUGUAGAUUACAAAGGUUGCAUAGAGAGAUCGGAUUUACUGAACAAAGUGACCAGAUUGUGGCAAGAGUAUAAUCAAUCUAGAAAAGAUGUAGAACAACUCAGCCAGGAAGAAUUGUGUAAAAUCUGCUGGGACGCGCCAAUUGAGUGUGUUAUUUUGGAAUGCGGUCAUAUGGCUUGUUGCAUAAAUUGUGGCAAACAAAUGUCAGAAUGUCCUAUCUGCAAACAAUAUGUUGUCCGUGUUGUACGAUUUUUUAAAGCCUAAAAAUGCAACGAUCAGAUGUAAUAGCGACUGAUAUAAUUUUAUGCACCGCCAGUUUUCAUAGAUCGCGUAAUUAUAUGAUGUGUAUAUCAUAAAGCAAAAUUUAUCCUAUGACAAAGAGUGAAAUUGUAAAACGCCAAACUUUUGUGCGACGAUUUUCAGUGCAUUUCGACAAAACAAUAAGAACUAGUCCUGCACAAAAAGGCAAAUUUUAUGCACUUGACCUUCAAGUCCAAGUUGAUUGGUCUUGUGGCAUGUAUGUUUUAUUUUAAUUACAGUUCAGAACUCUUCCUAGAUA